UAUAUACAUAAUUACAUAUCGACCACAUGCCAUGCCAAAAAGAUAGAGGAACUAAUUGCGCGGAGUAAAUGGCAAAAGCUUUUAAGCUGAUAGGGAAAAAGAAACGUAAGGAACAAUUUAUUGAGCAUAAGAGAAAGAAAUUAUGGUUUGACAAGGAUGGAAAUUGUUGCUUCACGUUAUACUCGCGCUCUCUCUUCAUCACUUGGUCUCAGAGCCAAUAUUGGUCUUGGAAUAGCUUCAAAGAUACCGAUGAUGAUGAUAUUGAGGUUGCGAAGCUGGAGACUGUCUGCUGGCUAGACGUGCGAGGAGUCUUGGGGAUGUCGGAGCUCUCACCAGGAGUAACGUAUGAGAUCGUGUACGUAGUUAAGUUGACAAAAUCAUCAUCCGGGUGGGAGCAUCCAAUAAACCUGAGAUUAAUAGUCCCAGGUGGAGAAACUAAGAUAAGACAAGUUAGCUUGUUGAUGGAUCCCAUAGGAGAAUGGUUCGAACUGAAUUUGGGCAGUUUCCAAGCAAAAGAUGGUGAAACCGGACAUCUGAAUUUCGAUAUCUUUGAGCAUGGUGGUCACUGGAAGAAUGGGCUUAUUGUCAAAUCUGCUAUCAUUAGGCCAAAACACUAGCUACGGAGUACAAUAUUCUUUUACCUUCUGAUGUUAUUUAUCUGUUCACUCCUUUGUCUAAGGAUUCUAGACUCUCAAGUAGUGUGUAAUGUGUAUAAUCAGUAAUUCCAGAAUUUCUAGGGAGUGUUUGAAAAGGAUCGGAGGAAAUAUGCAUGUAUUUGUUCAGUUUUAUAAAGUACUAAUGAUUUACUAAUUGUAUUUGCGAGUAAUUUAAUAAAAGAUUGUGAAUAGGUGUUGGUGCAAAAA